AUGCCUGCCGAAGUGAUCGACCUUCUCUCCAGCAGCCCCUCGGGGCCCUCUUCUGCGAACGCAAGACCCCCACUAUCUCGUCCUGCGCCACCGGCUGUUGUAGCUGUCGUAACGGCGCUGGCAUACGGCGAUGAAGAUGUGUUUGAUUUAACAGCCGAAUCACCAGAGAUUGUCCCGUCCGUACUGCCGAAAGCGACGUCCCCGUCAUUGACAAAUUCAGCAACAAAACGUGCACGAGAGGAAAUUGUUCAUGUGAAUACGCCCAUUUACUUCAACUCGGACGACUUUGAUACGACUAUCGAUCUCGAAAGCAGCCUACCAAUUGAAAAUAGGUUGAACAACGAACCACGAGAGCGCAAAAGACCACGACUCUCGCCUCCUCGUCGCAGCCGCAGAUCCUCCUUCGACCGCUCCCAUUCCGCCACUAAUCACAACACCCGGCCGCCUGAGAAGCAGGGUGACGGUUUGCGACGAGUACGUUCAGUUGUGGAACCAAUCGAAUUCUCAAGUUCUCCCGGUGUCUUCUCUCGACCGAGGACAAGUGCUCCAGCUGCUUCAACGGCGGUGGAUAGGCUUGACUCCGAUGACCCGUUCGCAGCACUGCCGCCUUCAGCGCAGCCUGCGCCGGCAUGCGAGAACCCGCGCCUGACGAAUGCUACAGCCACCGGGACCGGCCACAUAAACUACCAAUUAAGCUCCGAUGACCCCUUUGCGAGUUCGCCACCUGUGGCACGGAAAACGAUACCACAGCCGUGUGCAAUAACUUUAGACGAUGACGAUGGCGACCCAUUUGCCAGCUCACCGAGACAAGCGCCGACGGAGACUAUGAAACCACCAGAUACAAGAACAUUAGCUGGGACUGCGGUCAAGGGGAAAGAGAAGGCCGUCUCACCGCCCAGACGAAAGGCUCAUUGGGACCCCAUCUCGAGCUCUGCGCCCGAGCUAAAGACCAGAAGUGAUCCAUUUGAGAGCUCUCCUCCACCGCGAAAGACCAUGACCAAAGCCGCUAGCGCUGUGAUUAAUCUCAGCGACUCUGAGCCGGAGCCUGCAGCCCGCGGUCUCGAUGCCGACUCGGACGGAGAGUUUCCAGACCUCGAUAACUUUGAUGUUUCGAAACUCAAAGCACGAUUGUAUACGAAAAAGCCAGCUUCGCGAACCACCUCAAAGGCGCCAUCGAAAGCCACCUCGAAAUCGAGUACCAGCCGUGCACCGACGACAAAAACAGUGGAAGAAAAGACGAGAGAGAAAGAAGCGAAAGCUGCGGAACGAGAAAGAGAAAAGGAACGCAAGAAGCAAGAGAAAGAUGCUGCCAAGGAGCAAAAGGCCAAGGAAAAGGAACGAGCGGCUGCGCUGGCAGAGGUCAACAAGAUCAGGACCGACAAGAAGGUGUCAACCCCCGAAAUGAUUGCAGAUCUCCCGGCUAGCCUGCCCCCGGCCAUGACGCUUCAAAUACAGACAUUGUUAAAAGACCUCGACGUGCAGCACUCUACCUGGGAGAGUCCCGUGGACAACGUGGUUAAGUGGAGGAGAAAAGUUGCGAGUCGGUUCAACGACGAGCUCGGGCACUGGCAGCCGAUUCCUAUGCGCAUUGAACCAGACAACUUCGCGCUUGUCAUUGUCACUGCGUCUGAAUUUGUCACAUACGCCCUGGGACCCGAGGGUAACAACCUCGAGGCCCACGUCUCCAAGAUGAAGCAACAUUUCCCACAGGAACAGCUCAUCUAUCUAAUCGAAGGCCUCAACCCUUGGAUGAGAAAGAAUCGCAACAUUCGGAACCGACAAUUCGCAUCUGCCGUGCGCGGCGAAGAUGCUACAACAGUAGGAGAUGCCCAGGCUUCGACGAGUGCGGCCGCUCCCGCCCCUCAACCGCGGCGGCGCAAGAAUCAGCAGCCGCAGGAGUACAUUGACGAAGACUCGGUCGAAGACGCCCUGCUCCAGCUGCAGGUCAUGUACGACGUGCUGAUCCAUCACACCGCCGCGGCCGUCGAGACGGCGCAGUGGGUCGCAGUCUUCACGCAGCACAUCUCGACGGUGCCGUACCGGAAGCAGCGCGAGGCGACCAACGCCGCGGGCGCCGGCUUCUGCAUGGAGACAGGCCAGGUCCGCACGGGCGAGGACGUCAAAGAUACCUACGUGCGGAUGCUGCAGGAGAUUGUGCGCGUCACGCAGCCCGUGGCGUACGGCAUCGUGUCCGAGUUUGGGACGGUCGGGGAGCUGGUCAAGGCGUUUGAGGAGCGAGGGCCGCUUUGUCUGGAGAACUGCCGCAAGAGUACGAAUAAGGAUGGCGGUUUUUCGGAUCGGGCCAUUGGGAAGGCUGUCAGUAAGAGGAUCUACAAGAUCUUCACGGAGACGGACGAAUGGAGUACGGAUGUAUAG